UUUAUUUAAAAAUUUCAAGAUAAAAAGGAUAAUUAAAAAAAUAUCAAAAUGGACGUAUUUUUGAUGAUUAGAAGAAAAAAAAUGACAAUAUUCACAGAUGCCAAGGACAACACAUCAGUUCUUGAGCUUAAAAAAAUAAUUGAAGGAAUACUGAAGAUUGCACCAGAUGAUCAACAAUUAUUUAAUAAAGAAAGUACAGUAAUGGCAGAUGGUAAAUCAUUGGCAGAUUAUGGAUUAAAUGCACAAACAGCUAAAGCACAAUCACCAGCACUUGUUGGAUUGGCUGUACGAAUGGAAAAUGGACAAUUCGAAACACUUGACAUUACUCCAUUUUCACUGCCACCAGAUUUACCAGAUGUUAUGAAAUCACAAGAUUCCAAUGGACAAGAACAAACACCAUGAAAUAAUUCAUAUAUAUAAUCAUUAAAAAAUCAACAAUUAAUUGCUUGAUUUUAAAAUGAUUAUACUCGUAAAUCCAUCGCAAUUACUGAUACUGGGAGAGAGAGUGAAUUAAAAAUAAUAAAAAAUUAAUAAUUAAGAAUCCAUUCCUAGAUUCUUCAACGAAUAAACAAAUACAAAACAAAAAAAAAAAAA